UAAAAUAUCUCCCUUAUUAUUACAGCGUUCACCUACAUGCGGGCUCGUUAUUGGUGGAGCGCGAUCAGAAGCGCGAGAUGGACAGCAGUUGAUAUUGAAUUUUAUGAGCGUCCUCAACAAACGUUAGUUUUAUUUUUAAUUAAUCAGUUUUACAGUCCGUGCUUUGUUUGUAGUUUGAGAGACAUGUUUGUGUGUCGAGGAGCGAGGCUGUCGGCGAAGGCUUUGGAGCAGGGUUUCAACUCCACGACAGGGGCAGCGGCACAAUUUAAAACGAACAGACUAACGGUAGUUGACGUUACCUGCACUUUGCCAUUACGUAACAUCCAUGCAUUCAAAUGCUCCCGAGCUUUUUGUGGAUAUUUUGUGGCACUUUCGCCUGAAGGAAAGCGAGAAAAAAGGGAGAAUGAUAUGUUUUCCGUCAAGAACCGGGACUCUGUUCGUUUCAUUAUCACGCAUCAGCAACAAUUAACUCGAGUAAAUUAUUUUUCUUUAAAUCUCUCCAACAAAAGUAAUGGUAAAAGCUUAUUCAGCCGUACACAUAACGUCACUAGCUCAACUCUUUAUCGGACGAAUGGAGGCCAAAGCUGGCAGAAGAAACAAUACGUAGAUGCACUUGAAUCUGUGUUUACGUCUGGCGCCAAUGUCUGCAAUCAUCGAUUAUAUCCCACAAUGACUGUGCAAAUGAGACCUUUUUCCUCGGUUGCUGUUGCUCCCAAACUGGUGGAGGACUCGCCCGCAGAUCACAAAGUGAUGAACGUGGUAUCUUCAGGCAUUUGGAAAUUGCUCCCAAGGAUGAACCAAACUUCUGGAGGUCUACAAUUUCCCAUGAUGUCAAGCAAAGAGGCUCUGAGUUUGAAGGACCAGACUCCAAAGCAGGCCUCAGCCAAAGGCCCUGAGGAGCCCGAGGUACCGGAGCCUGAGGAGGACAAUCCUAGCAAGACCCAGCAGCUGAAGAAGAUCUUUAAGGUGUACGGAGCUGUAGGAGUCUCCUUCCACAUAUGCAUGUCCCUCAUGUCUCUGGGCAUGUUCUACCUCGCUGUGUCCAGUGGGAUCGACAUGGCUGCUAUCCUGUACAAGAUAGGAUUCAGUGAAUCUCUGGUUCAGUCCAAGUUGGCGGCGGGUACCAGUACGUUUGUCCUGGCGUACGCCAUCCACAAGCUGUUUGCUCCGCUCCGUAUCAGCAUCACUGUGAUAUCAGUGCCUCUUCUUGUACGAUACCUCCGAAAGAGUGGCCUCUUCAAGACACCCAACUCACCUACACACUGAGUGGCUGAGACCCCAACCUCCACUAACUUUGAUAACUGAGACUUUCCAAAUAUGACCAUUACCAUUUCUGGAAUCAAGAGGGAAUAGUGUGACAAAUUCUUCCAACCAUCCCUAGAAUUUCUGCAGGAGAUAAAAACAGAACCAACCGAGGCUGACUUUUAACCCACCUGUAGAUCAGUGGCGGUCUGUGCCGUUUAAGAUGAGGGAGGAUGAUUUUAAAAAUGUAUUUCUUAUGAGCAUGGCCUUAUUUCUAUUGCAGCAUUUUGGAUGACUGUCAUUCAUAUUUCAUUCACCCAGUUCAAUGUAACAGUGAUGGGUUUAGGCUACUACAAUAUACUAAAAAUGUCCCUGUACCCAUCAUGAGAUUACUACAACCUAUCUUAUGAGAAGUUUACAUUGUGAACUUUCAUCAAGAUAAUUUUUUGUAAUCAAGGUGAGACUGUAAUACAUUCAUACUGCCGUGAACUCUCGUGCCUGCAUCUAGCUGAUCUAGGGUGUAAUCAUUAGUCAAACAGUUGCAAACGAGAGUUUCUAUUGGACAAAUUCAGGUAUGUUUAUCCCCAUUCCAUUUAAGAAAUGUUUUUCAACAGAAUCGGUGGAAUGAAUACACCCCUGAUCACACGCAAACACAAUUCACUUUCAUAGCAGCCAUAUAAAAACGGCAAUAUCACUUUGCUCAUUGUAUAGUUUUCACACCCCUUUACUUUUUCCUCAUUUUGUUACGUUACAGCCUUCUAAAAUGGAUAAAUUAUUUUUUGCCUCGUCAAUCUACACACACUAUGCCAUAAUGACAAAGCAAAAGCAGGUUUUUAGAUUUUUUUUUUUGCAAAUGUAUUAAAAAUAAAAAAACUGAUCACAUUUACAUAAGUAUUCAGACUCUUUACUCAGUACUUUGUUGAAGCACCUUUGGCAGAGAUUACCGUCUCGAGUCUUCUUGGGUAUGACCACUAUUUUCAGGUCUCCAGAGAUGUUCGAUCAGGUUUAAGUCCGGUUUCUGUCUGGACCACUCAAGGACAUUCAGAGACUUCUCUUGACGCCACUCCUGCGUUGUCUUGGCUGUGUGCUUAGGGUCACUGUCCUGUUGGAAGGUGAACCUUCGCCCCAGUCUGACAUCUGUCGUGGAAAUUCUAAUCAAUAAUGAGGAGAGACAGGGUCAAUCACCAAUCAGGAUAUUACUUUAUUCAAAAUGUAUUAAUAGGGAAAAUAUAGAGCAAUAACGAUGGCUGAUCUUUGGGGGUUGGGUUGAGGGUUAGGAUUUGUAUUAAAAAGAAAUCUGCUGUAAAGAUGUGCUCAUUGUGUGGAAACCAGGUUCUGGCCCCUAAAACAAGGAUCCUCUCAUAAUUAUCCAUACCCGAACCCUGAUACCUCCCUGCACAGAAACAGCAACUCAGUCCGAGACAUGACCAUCAUAAAUCAGUUGCUAGAGUUAAAUUUCAGAAGUGCCUUUUGCCUAACUCCAAGUGGGCUGUCAUGUGCCUUUUACUGAGGAGUGGCUUCCGUCUGGCCACUCUACCAUAAAAGCCUGAGUGCUGCAGAGAUGGUUGUCCUUCUGGAAGGUUCUCCCAUCUCCACAGGGGACCUCUGGAGCUCUGUCAGAGUGAACAUCAGGUUCUUGGUCACCUCUCUGACCAAGGCCCUUCUCCCCCGAUUGCUCAGUUUGGCCGGGCAGCCAGCUCUAUGAAGAGUCUUGGUGGUUCCAAACUUCUUCCAUUUAAUAAUGAUUGAGGCCGCUGUGUUCUUAGGGACCUUCAAUGCUGCAGAAUUGUUUGGUACCCUUCCUCAGAUCUGUGCAUUGAUACAAUCCUGUCUCGGAGCUAUACGGACAAUUACUUUUGACCUAAUGUCUUGGUUUUUGCUCUGACAUGCACUGUCAAAUGUGGGACAAAAUCUUGUCCAAUCAAUUGAAACUACCACAGGUGGACUCUAAUCAAGAUGUAUAAACAUCUCAACGAUGAUCAAUUGAAUCAGGAUGCACUUGAGCUCAAUUUUGAGUCUCAUAGCAAAGUGUUUUAAAUACUUGUGAAUGCAUUCUAAAAACCUGUUUUUGCUUUGUCAUUAUGGGGUAUUGUGUGAAAUAAAUAUAUAUAAUCAAUUUUAGAAUAACAUGCUGACUAGACUAAUUGAUUUUGUCCACCCACACCAGAUGCAAUCAGGUCACGCAGGUUGAAAUAUCUAAUUAAACUAUGAACCAAUUAUAUACAUUUUGGGACAGGUCGAAAAACAUUUAACAUUUUAUGGCAAUUUAGCUAACUACCUUGCUGUUGCUAGCAAAUAUGUACUGAGAUAUAAACAUUGGGUUGUUAUUUUACCUGAAAUGCACAAGGUCCUCUACUCCGACAAUGAAUCCACAGAUUAAACUGUAAACUGAAUUUGUUUCUAGUCAUCUCUCCGUCCUUCAGUCUUCUUUUUCUUCAAACUUUAUAUGGCAGUUGGCAACCAACUUUAAGGUGCAUUACCUCAACCAACUGAAUUCUGGACAUCACCCACGUGGGUAUAUGCACCUAAAAACCAAUGAGGAGAUGGGAGAGGCAGGUCUUGCAGCGUGUUGAGCGUCACAAAUAGAACCAAGUUCUACUUCAACGCCUGGCUACGCAGACGCUCGUAAGCAGUGUGGAUGCAAUGAUUGUAUAACAUGUAUGUGUACAUUUAUGGUGAGCAUGUAAGGCUGUAAUGUAACAAAAUGUGUAAAAAGUCAAGGGGUCUGAAUACUUUCCGAAUGCGGUGUGUAUAUAAUUCCUUCUCAAACUACCUAUGCGCUCUCCUCCUCUCACCUGUUCACUUCAGUGCACAACACAGCUGCCUGUGACCAGGCAAAAAAAUAAAACUUGCCAAACCUUCAUAUCAUGACCGCUAACCACUACACACAGCCUACAUUGUUGUCAUGUAAUAGUAAACCUACCUACUAGAACUAACGUGUUAUUCAACCCGCUAGCUACAAUCAUGCAGUUCAGUCAGAAAGCAGUUUAGCAGUUACACCGGUGGGACCCUGUGGCAAUAAAUGAAUAAAAACAAAAUCUUACUUUAACUUGGAAGAGUUCCAGUGUUGGAUAGCCAUAGCCAGCUAGCUAACGUAGCAUCCAUUUCUGUUUGAGUAGGCUAAACUGGCUAGCUGCAUUCAUCUAGCUAAGUGAAUGUUUAAAAUAAUACAACCAAAUAUAGCUAACUCUUUCUCUCUCUUGCUUCUCCUUCAUUUUUUAAGAUAAGAAUUUGCUCAAACUGUUCAACUCUUGUCUUUCUCUACUCACCACAUUAUAUGCACUGCAGUAGCUUAUGCUUUCAGUACUAGAUUUAUUCUCUGAUCCUUUGAUUGGGUGGACAUGUCAGUUCAUGCUGCAAGAGCUCUGAUAGGUUGAAGGACACCUUCCGGAAGUCGUCAUAAUCACUGUGUAAGUCUAUGGAAGGGGGUGAGAGACAUGAGCCUCCUAGGUUUUGCAUUGAAGUCAAUAUAACCAGAGAAGGACAGAUGCUAGCUGUCGUCUGGCUACACCAUGAUGCCACCCUACAGAGUGCUGCUGAGGGUAUUGUAGACCAUUGCAAAACUGUGUAUUAAUUAAUUGUUUGGUGACAAAUAUAUUUAGCAUAGUUUUAUGUAAAACGGUUAACUUUGUUUCAUUAUUUGUAUUUUGAUUAAAUUCUUUGCGGAUGCUCCUCCCCUUACUCCGAGGAGCCUCCACUGCUGUAAAUAUCCAUAUUUGUUUUCCUUUACAAACUAAAGUACAGUAGUUGGUCCUCAAUAUAUGUUUUAAGAUUCUAUGCAGUUGUCAUUGUGUUUUCAGGCCAUUGUGUUUCACCUUAGCUCCUGCUUCCUUUUUUUGUAACAGAAGUAAGUAAAGCGCCAUGUCUGUCUGAAUUAUUGGAACAAAAUAUGAAAGAAAGAAAUAUGAAUUCACUGUUACAGGUUUAUCAUUUAUUUUAUAAAUACAAAUUGAGUUGAAAUUCAUCCACUCAUGACCAUAAAUAAAAAGACAACAAAAGGGC